GUGGAAGCAUACGCAUCGUACGGCGGUCGAGCGCUUUGUGUCGUCAUCGUCUGGCACACUAUCAAAGCUUCAGUUACAAGACAGACAUCCUGGGGAGCUGAUGCCCAGCGUUUGGUGCAGUUUGAAACCAAGUGGCAUACAUUAGUGAUUAAAGAAAACGUUACUGUGUGGUAGGAAUUUGAUUGCCCCGCCUAUCGGGAACACUAGUUUACCGAAGUGACAAUAGUGUGGGAAAAUUGCGGAACAAAUAGUGACCCACUGUGAUCAUAACGAUUAGAAGAAUUUUGUCGGUUGUUGCGUGAUAACAAAAAAAAAACAAAAGAAAGAAACCAAUCUUGCCAGCGUGGGGAACUUUAAAAAUGCCUCAAAGUUCCAGUUACUAUUAUAGAGAAAGUCGAAGAGUAUAAGCCCUUACUUCAAAGAAGAUCAAGGACUAUCUACAGCUAGAAGUACUAACGGACCAACCCAGUGUCGUACUGUAGGGAUAAACAUAAAGAACUAUGGCAAAGGCAAAGAUUCCACCCCCAACGAAUGACAGCCAAGCGCCGCCCGAGAGCAAUACGACACAGCCUCCAAACGGUGAUGAAACGCUCACGGAAGGCGUACAGAAUGUGAGCACCGUGACCAGCACCACCGACAGCACCAGAGGUAGUCUGUCCAAUAUCUCGACACCAUCCAUCAAACGAGGAGACAACGAUGGUGACGACGAUUCCAGUGCCUUCGACAGUAGCAGCGAUACGGAGUGCGACGAUGAUUCCAUCAAGCGCGCCAUCGAUCGUAUCCCGGGUGCAUUAGCACCGGGCGAGGCUUGCGUGGUCCAGAAUGGGGCCCUAGUCGUGGGACCCGAAGCGAUGAACCCAAGACUGCGGUCGCCUCAGCAUGCCCCCUCGGCAGGGACGCCGUCAAUCGGUUCAAUAGCGCUACAAAACUCCUCCGACAUCACGUUCGGUAACAAGACGUACAUUAAAGGGCAGGUGGUGAUCAAGAAUAUCUACAAAGAUCGAGGGAACGGACUAACGAACGAUGGCUACCAGGUGCAUGAAAAUGAUUCAACAGACUCCGCAUCCGGCAAAAAAGUACCUCCCACAGCCGCACCGCCAGAGCCACGGACCUGGCAAUCUAGUCUUAAGGGCAUCAUCAAAGAUAAACCAUUGCUCAGCUUUAUCGUUAUGAUAUCACUCAUGAUCGUCCUGUGUGCCAUAAUAGCGGUCAUCUCCAUCCUAACAGCGUCAGGUAAAGGUAGAAUAAGGCCCCCAGUAGGCGAUGGAGACGACGAUCGUGCCAAUGUCCCGCAGGACACGCACAUAGAGGACGAUUUGUUCCCCGGACCGAGGCCAUUGCGACUGGUAACGAGGCAGGAGUGGGUGGCACAACCGCCACGGGAACCGCUGACAGAUCUGAAACUUCCGGUCAGCAAUGUAAUUAUCGCUCACACAGCAACUGAAAGUUGCACCAAUCAGGAAGCAUGCGAAGCACGUGUUAGAUCGAUGCAAAAUUAUCACAUGAGCACCCUCAAGUACAGUGACAUUGGCUACAACUUCGUUAUCGGUGGCGACGGUGCUGUGUAUGAGGGUCGAGGAUGGCUCAAAGUCGGCGCCCAUACGAGAGACUACAAUGGCAUCAGCUAUGGAAUAGCAUUCGUUGGCAACUUCGAAACAGACCAGCCAACGGAUUCCCAGAUGGAGCAGUUAGAUGCACUGUUGCACAAUUGCACGGAGCGCACAACACUGGCCAGCAAUUAUAAGCUGUACGGGGCGAGCCAGCUAAAACAGACGAUCAGUCCGGGAAAGUUUUUGAUGGAAAAGCUGAAAUUGCACCCACAUUUCAGUGUGGAUAAGCCCAUACGAGGUUAGAAUGUGAGGGGCGGUUUUCGUUCGAUCGAUCAAGAAUGAAAGGAUUCAGCAGCAAAACCAUGCUUCAAUCUAGGCAAGGUGAUAAGUUGAACAGUGCCAAAAUAUGCACAAAACAAAGGAAACUUAUCUUGUAAGAGUUGAAGAUUGUUUGGAAAUUUAUGAUGAGUGUAUCAUUAAAAUAAUUAAGUUUUACCAUUUGAGGUACAUCUUAUUGAUUGGAAUCUGUAAAAUAAAACAGGGAAAGUAGAAUCAACCUUAUUUUACCUUAGCUACUGACUUAUUGGCCCUAGAAUCGUAACUUCAGAUUGUCGUUUCCAAACAAUCUGAUAACCCAAAAUGUCCGUAACGUAGGAAUGAAGAGUAAGUGUCUCGUGAAUGAGAUAAAACAUCGAAAAUUAGAUUGAUAAGUGUACAUUAUAGGCAAGUUCGAAGUGUAUCGAUUAUGUCGUAAAAGCCCCGUUUUUGUGUAUAAGAAAACAAGAGAUAUUUAUCAAUAGUUGAAAAAUGCAACUUUUAGCAA